AUGUGUGUAAAAGCAGCAAGGUAUAAAUGAGUUGAAAUCCUUGAAAAAUGAUAUUCAUAUGCAGCAACCGGCAGGAUUUCUGCAGCAGUAAUCUGUUUUUGAGUAUGUUCUGAAGUUGUGAUAUAUGUUUAUGGCUUCUUCUUAUGUUUCCUCUCCAGAGUUCCUCAGUCAUACUUACUGCUCCCUUGCCUGACUAGUGAUAUGCCUAAAAAGGAUUUGUGGAUAAGGACAGCUGACCCAGAACCCAGAGCAAUUGUUCACAGUGCAGGCAGUUGUGACAGUAUGAUCAGCAACGACUCCAGCUUGUCCGGAAAGGUAUAUUAAUUUAAUUCAAUUUAUUUUUCUGUUCCACAUAAUUUCAGAACGUUUAGACAGGUCUAUAGCCCUAAAUAAAAUAUCCAACUGCUAAAACAUUUAAGAAAUAUAAAAGAUAAAGCACCAUCUUAACCUUGGGCUAAAGUUUUCAACUAAAAAUUUUAAAAAAUCAGAAUUACUUGCAAGCUAGGGCUUUGUAUUGUAGGGAUAGGGAACCUGUAGUUGCACUACAACUACCAUAAUCUCUGAUACGCUGAAUUAGGCUGAUGGGAUACACAGGGAUAAGCAUAUUGUUUGGGGCAACUAAUUUUUGAGGCAAGUGUUUGACUUGAUUGUGUGCUGUUUCUAGGCAGGGGUCUGUGCUUUCAUGCUCAGUGACCGAGUCCUUUUCUAUUUCCCCCAGCACUUUCUCUGGGAAAACCUGUUCUUUACUGCUGAAUUGAAGCAAACGGAAAUCCACAGAAAACCCAAAUUGCCACUUGUUUCAAUGCAGCAUAAAUAGCAGGUUUUCCGUGAGAAAGCAACGGGAGGGGGGCGGAAAUUAAAGCGCUCAGACACAGAGCUUGCAAGCAUGAACAUGUACCUAGAAAGCACUGUGUGGAUGAGCCCUUGGUGUUAAAUUAUUUGAGUGAUGGUCAUGAAUGUAUGAACUUGCCCUUAGGAUGUGAGGCUUCUCCAAGCACCUAUGUGAAGGAGUUUCCCUCAGUCAACCUGCUGAGAAUAUUAAAAUUCGAAUGACAACUGAAUGGCGGUACUUCCACUAGAAAUGUUUUGGAGCUGCUGUAGUUGCAGUUUCCCAAUGCCUAGUCCAUUGAAGAAUAAUAAUGAUGCCAUAUUGAAGAGAUGGUGAUGGAGAGUGCACUGUGGUGAGCCUUAGCCAAGUUUGUGUAAAUGCAAACUUCUGUGAUAUGUUUCACUAAAGUUUAACACAGCUUCACUCCAAGUUUAGCACUGUCAUUCUGUAACCUGUGGGGUGGAGUGGAUUUCUGUCCAGUGAGUGAUGAGACCAGGUAAACUAUUUCCUGUCUGACUUGAAGCUUACUAGAUAUUUGCUAACUGUAAUUUGUAGAGAUUUACUAACCACAAAUUACCAUAGCUGUCAACAUUUCCUUUUUUUAAAGGGAAAUUCCCUUAUUCCGAAUAGGAUUCCUUGCAAGAAAAGGGAAAAGUUGACAGCUAUGCAAAUUACAGUUCUGAAUUGAACUUCCAUUCCUUCUGUUGCAUACUAGAAGUGAACUUGUGCAUUUAAUUAAUAACGAUGAGCAGGGUAGUUCAAUUAUUGUGGGGCCUCUACCUUGUCAUCGUAAUAAACCUGUACCUUGCAAAAACUCCCACAUGGCCUCAUCCUAGAAAAAGCAAGGGAAUCCAACUCUUCCUACGUCAGAUUUUUAUCUUAUUACCAUUUGGGUAUAUCAGCUGGGACACUGACAUUAAAUAAUUGACAGUUGGAACUCAACUUGUAAUAUCUAUGCUUGAAAAUUACUGAAAGCAGACAAAUCCCGUGAAUCUUGGAAUCUGGCAGAUGUAAUUUAUGCAUUCAUUUUGGUCAUUGGACCAUUGACCCAAAUAUCUUGUGGCCACAUUCAGUCUUUCUGUCUGAAGUCUUUGAGAAUGGGAGUGGUGGUUGCAGAAAAUUCAUGGUCUAUUUUGAUCAGAAGGUUGGUGGUUCGAAUCCCCGUGAUGGGGUGAGCUCCCGUUGUUCAGUCCCUGCUCCUGCCCACCUAGCAGUUCGAAAGCACGUCAAAGUGCAAGUAGAUAAAUAGGUACCACUGCGGUGGGAAGGUAAACGGUGUUUCCGUGCGCUGCUCUGGUUCGCCAGAAGCGGCUUAGUCAUGCUGGCCACAUGACCCGGAAGCUUUAUGCCGGCUCCCUCGGCCAGUAAAGCGAGAUGAGCGCCGCAACCCCAGAGUCGUCCACGACUGGACCUAAUGGUCAGGGGUCCCUUUACCUUUACCUUAAACAGGGCUGCCUUCAGAUGUCUCCUAAAAGUCUGGUAGUUGUUUUUUCCUUUGAUGUCUGGUGGGUGGGUGUUCCACAGGGCGGGUGCCACUACCGAGAAGACCCUCUGCCUGGUUCCCUGUAACCUCACUUAUCGCACUGAGGGAACUGCCAGAUGGCCCUCAGCGCUGGAUCUCAGUGUCCGGGCUGAACGAUGGGAGUGGGGACGCUCCUUCAGGUAUACUGGACUGAGGCCAUUUAGGGUUUUAAAGGUCAGCACCAACACUUUGAAUUGUGCCUAGAAACAUACUGGGAACCAAUGUGGGUCUUUCAAGACCGGUGUUAUGUGGUCUCAGCGGGAGAACAAAAAAGGGAGAACAAUAAUGGUGGUGUUGACCUUGGUUAUAAAGAUUAGGUAGUGCUCCUGUGUAGGCUUACUGACAGACCAAAUUCUUGCAAAUUCACUGCAGUAAUUAAGUCUUUAUGGAAGGUAAUAAAUUUGAGAUGAGGAUAAUUCUUUUUGAGCUUUUAUGUCUCCUUGUUCAUGUUGCUCAGGGUUUUUUUGUUUUUUUGUCUUGAAGAGUGACAGUGGCUAUGACUAUCUAUCAGUGGCGGAGAAAGAAUGCCUUAUGUUCCUUGAAGAAACAAUAGAUUCUCUGGAUACUGAAGGAGACAGCGGAGUUUCUACUGAUGAGGCAGAGACAGCUGAGUCUUCUAAGCAUCCACGGACGUGGCCUAUGAGAGAUGUUCCUAAAGGUAAGCUGAGUUCUCUUGUGAUUCUUUAACAGGAAUGUUUCAGCUGAAGCAUCAUUCCUGGCUCAGUCUAGGUGGUGGUGAGGAAACAAAGCACAGAACUAGUUUCAGAACUGUAGAGUUCCGUGUGGAAAAAGUGUUUCACAUGCAUGUUCUAUUAAGAGCACAAAAUUUAGGGGUAGAUCUAGUAGCUUAGAUGCUAAAAAGCACACAUUCAUUUUAGCUCCUUUGAACAACUAAAAGUAGCCAUAAUGAGCUUGAGUUAUCGCUUUAGGUUGGUAACUUAAAGUAUUAUGGUUCAAGGCAAUGCACUUAUGCUGUGGAAAAACCAAAGACAUUUCCUAACCUCUAAAUCCAGUUCCAAUUUGGCUACAAGCACACAUCCCCACCAUAGAAACAAACAGACAGACAGACAGACAGACAGACAGACAGACAUAUUCUCUGUUACUCCUUGAGCUUUUAAUCUAAUAAAUACCAUGUGUGGGAUUUGUUAAAAUAUCACUUUGAUACAGUUAGUAUUUUGUUUUUAAUUCAUCCUUUUGUGGUAAGUCAAAUAAUUUAAGGACUUGGGUUUGCUCUUCUCCUCUUUCUCUUUGUUGAGGUUUUGUGAUAGUAAGAUUGUAAGAACAAUACUUACUUCUCCUUCUUUUGUUUCUUUCUAUCCCCACCCCCAAUAUUGUAGAGCUGGAUCAUGAAAAUCUAGGAAAGCGUAACAAAAUUGAACCAAAGAGCAAAAAAUGUCUUUCUGGCUCUGUUCCUGUUGUCACCCCAAAUCCAGGUCACCAUAUCUUUCCAAGGAACAUCAGUGUAAAAAGUGCUCCCAAGGUUUCUCUUGCUGAAGCAACAGGGUCUAAUGUUGCUGAUUCUCUGAAAUGCCAGACUUCAUGGGGGUCUCCUAAGCACGAGCCAGUGGACACACCAAAUGACAAGCCUAAAAUGAGCUCCCAGUUAAGGCCAUCUAACUUGGAAUCUAUAGUCAUCCCACCCCCUGAACCUUUCCAGGACCAGCAGAGGAGUCAUCCUAGAAGUGGGCAAGAGCCAAGUGGGACACCUCACUAUGAAAAUAAGAGGAAUGUUGAUGUAGUGGAGGGAUAUGGGGCUGCAGCUACCCAGACAGAACUUUCACUAGAUAAGAUGGGGGUAGCAAUUGGGAAAGAAGCCAUUCUGAAACCUCUCUCUCCUAAAAGUAGCAAGAAGAUUUCUGAACAAAUUACUGUUGCUCAAGAAAAUUAUCAAAAACCUACACUGGAAGAACCUGCCCUAGAUCCCAACUUCAAGCAAGGUCCUCCCACUGCCCCCAAACCCAGGAAACUGCCUCCCAAUAUUAUCCUUAAAACCAGCAAAGGUAAUGCUGUGUCACUCAAUGUGGAUCCCAGUCACAAGAUAAAGGUUUUGGCUCCAUCAAACGGCAGGCCCAGAGCUGCAACCGGUGAUUUUUCCAUGGAAAAAGUUCAUUCAAUCCAAAAUGAACAGGGGAGAGCCAGGAGAGAAGCUCUUAAGAAACUGGGUCUCCCACUAGAUCAAGAAAAAGAUCCCGAUGAUCAUGUGAUCAAAACCACACCUUACUCAAUUCCAAGAGAAACUCCCAGGACAAGCAGCAGGGAAAAUGUAAAUAUGGAUAAUGUCACCUCUGAUAAGAAAUCUGAUGAACAGCACAACCAGGUUGGUGGGAAAGAAAUCUACCCAAUGGAUAUCAACCUUGCAGCUGUCAAACAAGUCAAUGUCAAAUCCAAAACACUGGAGCGUUCAGGUGUCGGUUUGAGCAGUUGCAUCUCUUCUGGGAGCGAGGACCAGAAUAUUAAGAACAGUGGUUCACUUGGCAAAAUGUCAUUUUUUGACAAGAUCACUCCAAACUUUCUUCGCAGUAGCCGGCCACGGCCAGCUUCCCUUGGCACGGGGAAAGACUUUGUUGAUCUGAAGGAAAACAAAAUGCAUAAUGCUGAGUUGGAAAAAAGCGACAAACGACGAUCUUAUCCACUUCAGCCCCCCUCUAAGCUGCCCAGGCCACCAUGUGUCAGUGUAAAGAUCACCCCUAAGGGGGCCACAGAGGAGCAUAGAAAGGAGGCUUUGAAAAAACUUGGUCUAUUGAAGGAGUAA